UCCACCUCCGGAGAUGAUGCAAAGACUUAGUGAACAGAGGAGCAACCCUGUGUUGCUGGAGUGUAGGUUCCCUAGAAUGACAGAUGACAUGGCCAGAAGUGCACUGCUCAGUUUUGUCAAUUCCAAAUGUUGCUAUGGCAACAGAGCUGCAGGCGAGCUCCUCAUUCAGGAAUUGAAGCCACAGACCUUCCACAGAUAUCGACUGGAAACCUUUAAUGAAACAAGAGCAUGUGAAUGGACAUUUGAGCCUUAUGCCAAUACUUUGGUGGAUGGUCCACAAAAUGGUGUAUCUCCUCGACCUUGGGAUAUUAAAGUCCAAGUGCCACAGAUGUUUCAGGAAGACACAAAAAAGUUUCGUGUUCCCCAUUCUUCUUUACUCAAGGAAUGUCAUAAAUGCCAUGGCCGGGGCCGAUACAAAUGUAGUGGAUGCCACGGUGGAGGCAGGAUGAGGUGUGUCACAUGUAAUGGAGCCAGGAAAGCCAAAGCCAAACAUUUAAAAUAUCAGAAACGGUGUCAGAUGUGCUCAGGUACAGGUCGCAAAAGGUGCAACACCUGUUCUGGAAGAGGCAACAAAAUCUGUUCAACCUGCCAAGGGGUGAAAAAGUUGCUGCACUUCAUCCAGUUGAUAAUAACUUGGAAAAACAAUGUGUAUGAAUUCAUUUCUGAACAUCAACUAAGCUUUCCGAGAGAUCUGCUUAGUAAAGCUGUGGGGGAAAAUGUACUUAAAGAUGAAAAUACUCUGGUAUACCCACUUGUUGAUUUCCCUAAUGCUGAGAUCUCACUGGCUUCCCAAAGAGCUAUUGCAGAGCAUCAUGGCCAGCUCAGCAGCAUAUCUCGCAUCCUGUGGCAGCGGCAGACCAUAGAGCUAAUUCCUGUGACUGAAGUCCAUUAUCGAUAUGCUGCAAAAUCAUAUAUUUAUUAUAUCUAUGGAACAGAGAACAAAGUUUAUGCCCUGGACUAUCCAGAAAGAUACUGUUGUGGCUGCACAAUAAUCUGACAGUGAAAUGCUGUGCAAGUAUUCGUUAUAUAAAACAAGUUAUUUUUAUGUCUAAAUAAUAUAGAGUGGGAUGAUAUAGAUUCACUCCUUACUGCUGUGAUACACAGAAUAAUAUUUGUAUCCUUCUCCUCCAGAUUAGGAAGCUGAAGGCAUGGUAAUAGAAUCUCCUAAAUCCUAUUUCUACUUUUGUUUAAACAACAUAUAUCUAAAUAUGUAUCUUUAAAUAUAUGUGUCUAAUAUAUGUUUUCUGCGGGGGGGGGAAAGAAUCUUGGAGCAUAAACUAUGUAUCUAUUCUCUAAGUCUACAGUGUUCUAGAGUAAUCACUAUUAAAUCUAUAGGAGUGCAGCCUUAAGCAAAUGUAUGAGAUGAUGGAAACAGGAAUAAUUUUAGAAACCUCUAGAAAAGCAAGAUAUUAUAUAUGGGUUGAUGUCAUUUUCUUUAAAAUUUGGAUUGUUUUGCAUUUGAUUUUGGUUAAGUGAGAGACAAGGAAGUUCAGUUCCUCCCCUUUAUGUCAACUCUACAAUGAACCUGGCUGCAGCCAUUUUGCUCAUUCUAGGUUGCCACAGGAAUGGGAGGGGGUGUGGAGGAUUUCCGCUAG